UGACCCGGGGAAGUGACGUGGGCGGGUCAGGGAACUGCGAUCCAAGAUGCGAAAUGCAUGCGUGUGUGGUCCCAAGAGGUGACUCUCCGCUUGCACGAACGCUCGGGCAGCAUUACCUCCAGUCUCUCCAGGGCCACGUGGGGCCUGGGCAGCAUGGCAACCUCCAGCCAGUCCGUGGAGAAGCCGGUGCCCCUGGAGCCCCAGCCAGAGCCCGGGCCGGAGCCUGGGCUGGGCCACAAGCUUCAGUCCUGGCAGUGCCUGGUGUUCUUCCUCUGCUUCUACGGCUUCAUGGCGCAGAUGCGGCCUGGGGAGAGCUUCAUCACCCCCUACCUCCUGGGCCCUGACAUGAACUUCACGCGGACGCAGGUCACCAACGAGAUCACGCCGGUGCUGUCCUACUCCUACCUGGCAGUGCUGGUGCCCGUCUUCCUACUGACGGACUACCUGCGCUACAAGCCAGUGCUGCUCCUGCAGAGCCUGAGCUACAUUUCUGUGUGGCUGCUGCUGCUGUAUGGCCACUCUGUGCUGCACAUGCAGUUCAUGGAGUUCUUCUUCAGCCUCACCAUGGCUGCCCGCAUCGCCUACUCCUCCUACAUCUUCUCACUCGUGCACCCUGCCCGUUAUCAGCGUAUGGCCGGCUACUCCAGGGCUGCAGUGCUGCUGGGCGUCUUCGCCAGCUCCGUGCUGGGCCAGCUGCUCAUCACCGUGGGCAGAGUCUCCUUCAUCACGCUCAACCGCCUCUCACUGGCCUUCCUUACCUUCACCCUGGUCCUCACGAUCUUCCUGAAGCGCCCCAAACGCAGCCUGUUUUUCAACCGCAGUGAAGCCACACACGGUGGGGCCUCACCCUCGGAGCUGGACCAGAUGCACCCGGGCCUUGAUGGGCCCGAGGGCAGAAAGCUGGGCAGAACGCUGCUAGCGGCCUGGUGGGACUGGACCCUCGUGCGCAUGCUCCGGGAGCUGGGGAACAGCCUGCGGCUGCCACAGCUGCGCCUCUGGUCCCUCUGGUGGGUCUUUAACUCAGCUGGCUACUACCUAAUUGUCUACUAUGUGCACAUCCUGUGGAAUGUUGUUGAGCCCACUACAGACAACACCAAGGUCUACAACGGUGGGGUGGAUGCCGCCUCUACUCUGCUAGGUGCCAUCACCUCCUUUGCAGCAGGCUUUGUGAAGAUCCGCUGGGCCCUGUGGGCAAAGCUGGUCAUCGGAGUUGUGACAGGGUUGCAGGCUGGGCUGGUCUUCCUCAUGCACCGCACGAACAGCAUCAGCCUGUGCUACGUGGCCUUCGUGCUCUUCCGAGGCUCCUACCAGUUCCUGGUGCCUAUCGCCACUUUUCAGAUCGCGUCUUCUCUUUCUAAGGAGCUCUGUGCCUUGGUCUUUGGAGUCAACACGUUUUUUGCCACCAUUCUCAAGACCAUCAUCACCUUCAUCGUUUCUGACAAGCGGGGCCUGGGAUUCUCGGUCCGCUUACAGUUCCUCGUCUACUUUGUGUACUUCGUGCUGCUGUCCGUUGCCUACUUCUUGGCGGCUGCACUGGGGAUCCUGUGGCACUUCCAGCAGGACCGCCACCAGCCCGUGCCCCUGGCCCAGGAGCUAAAUAGCCCCUUGAAGGAGAAGGACCUCCAGGCAUUGAACAUGCAGGAUGGGGCCCUCAGCAACCUGCAGCCCGAAGCCACUACCCUGGCCCAGGAGGACAGCACAUGGGCCAAAGGGCCAGUCUCGAGGGAACUGCCUGACUCAAGGGACCUGCCUGAGGCCAAGGCCUGAGCUGGCCUGUUCUGUCUGCCCAGCCCAGUGCGUGGCUGGAUUCCUGACACCAGAGGCCACCUGCUCUGCAUCUUCCAACAUUCUCACUGAGCCUGGAGCCUUGACAUCUCAGAACUGUCACAUCCCUGGCAGGCUGGCCAUCCUCUUGAAACCAGGAAGAGUUUCUGGUGUUGUUUGGAUUCCGUUGUUCAGACUAUGCAACCAAUGACCGAUGGGGCUCCUGGGUGCUCUGCCCAUGACACACACCUUGAGGGCUACCUGCCUCAGCCAGAGGUGCCUUCGCUUGUCCUGCAGUGUCCCUGAGUCCUGUGCUCCUCGGGCUUCACAGUCUGCCCGUGCUCCAUAGCCUGCUGAGGACACAACUGCCUGAUCACUGAAGACUGGGUUGUGCCCCUGCCUACACAGGGCUGCUGGGACGGUCCCAUGUGCCCGCCAGGCCUCCCCACCUUCACCCCCCUGGGAGGCAGGGUCCCAUGAAGUGCUCCCAGAUGCCAGUCCAGGGGACAUAAGCCCCUGUAGGAUGUCGUGGGCCCUGUAGGGUGAGGAUGGUAGCCCAGAUUCUCAGGGCUCGUGGCUAGGCGGUCACAUUUCUAGACGUUCAGGUGAUUGAAUGGUAAACAAUGCUGUGUUUUGUUUUUUUUUUAACUGGCAUAAACAAGAAACCUCACUGGG